AGCCUCCCCCCUAUCUGCUAUCUCCUGGCUACUAUAUAUCACUUGCACUCCCCACCACUCCCUCCCGUUCGUCUUCCCACCUCGCCUGGCGCCUGCGUCCUCCUCUAAGAGUGGUGAGGGGCUCGGCGCUGCUAGCGAGGCAAACAUGGGGGAGACGAUCACCAAUGUAUCGGAGUACCAGGCCAUCGCGAAGCAGAAGCUUCCCAAGAUGGCCUACGACUACUAUGCAUCCGGGGCGGAGGAUGAGUGGACCCUCAAGGAGAACAGGGAGGCAUUCUCCAGGAUCCUGUUUCGUCCUCGCAUACUGAUCGACGUGUCGACCAUCGACAUGACCACAUCUGUCCUGGGAAUGAAGAUAUCCAUGCCCAUCAUGAUUUCCCCCACCGCCUUUCAGAAGAUGGCUCACCCUGAAGGAGAGUACGCAACAGCACGGGCAGCGUCAGCAGCAGGAACGGUGAUGACGCUGUCAUCGUGGGCUACCUCGAGCGUGGAGGAGGUGGCCUCGACUGGGCCGGGGAUCCGCUUCUUCCAGCUCUACGUGUACAAGAACAGGAAGGUGGUGGCGCAGCUGGUGAAGAGGGCCGAGAAGGCCGGGUUCAAGGCCAUAGCGCUCACCGUCGACACCCCGCGCCUCGGCCGCCGCGAAGCCGACAUCAAGAACAGGUUCGUGCUGCCGCCGGGCCUCACGCUCAAGAACUUCGAGGGCCUCGACCUCGGCACCAUGGACCAGGCUAAUGAUUCCGGGCUGGCGUCGUACGUCGCCGGCCAAAUCGACCGCACCCUGAGCUGGAAGGACGUCAAGUGGCUGCAGAGCAUCACCACCAUGCCCAUCCUCGUAAAGGGAGUCAUCACCGCGGAAGACGCUCGGCUGGCCGUCCACUCCGGCGCGGCAGGCAUCAUCGUGUCCAACCACGGCGCCCGCCAGCUCGACUACGUGCCGGCCACGAUCAGCGCCCUCGAGGAGGUGGUCACGGCCGCCCAGGGACGCAUCCCGGUGUACCUCGACGGCGGCGUCCGCCGCGGCACCGACGUCUUCAAGGCGCUCGCCCUCGGCGCCUCCGGCGUCUUCAUUGGGCGGCCGGUGGUGUUCGCGCUGGCGGCGGAGGGCGAGGCCGGCGUGAGGAACGUGCUGCGCAUGAUGCGGGAGGAGUUCGAGCUCACCAUGGCGCUCGGCGGGUGCACCAAGCUCAGCGACAUCACCCGCGAACACAUCUUCACCGAGGGCGACCGCCUCGGACGCCCGCUGCCGAGGAUGUGAUCAAGAGCCAACGACACACGACGCGCUCAUCGCCGUCUCGACGCACGGCCGGGCAUAUGCAUGCUAGCCAGUAUCCACCGCAACGCAACGCAACGCAACGCACGCAAUAAUUACAGCCAACUCUAUAUCUACGACGCCGUCAGCGCCAAGAUGCUAGCCGUGUGUGUCCGGCCGGGGACGGUGAGCCGUAGUAGAUAAAUUUUUGCGUACUUGUCGACCGGCACGUCUCGCCAUUUCCACCAUAUUUCGCACCGACUACACCAUAUUGUAUUUCCAUGUCCUAUUGGGUCCGCACGUAUACACUCAUCGAUUCUGUAUUUAUCAUACAUUGUCAUCGAGUAAAGCCUAUUUGCAUACUGGUA